AUGGCAAGCGAGCGGGUGGUGGAGGACAGGGGGGACGAGACAGACUUUCCGCCCGAGGUGCUGCUGCGCAUCUUCUCUUGCCUCAGCGGCGAGGACCUACUCACCCGAGCCGCCUUGACCUGCAGGUACUGGCACGGCCUGACCCAGGACGAACACCUCUGGCGAAGUUUGUGCAUGAGGGACGCGGACGGCAUCACGCUGCUCAGCCUUCUUCAGCCGGACGAGCACAAGAAGGAGAAGGACUACACGCCGAACGACCUCAUCCUCCUCCGCUCACGCGACGCUUUUCUUGAGGCCAAGCCCCAGGAGUGCUCUUGGCUGUGGCUGUGGCGUGCCCAGAACGUGAGACCGAAGCCGGGCGUGCCUUUCCGGGGCAUUGGCUUUGAGACGAAAGACAAGGCCCCCAGCGACAGCGACACAUCUGGCGGUCCCCUCCCGAUCUGGCAGUACUGCGGCGAAUGGAAGGAUGGUAAGAGGCACGGUUACGCGAUCUCCUCUCCGCCGCCGCCGCCCCCCUUCAUCGUUGUUCCGGUUACGGGCGGACCGCCAAACGGGACCUGGUACCACGGCCGCUGGGAAAACGACACCCGGAAGGGGCAGGGCAAGCUCGUGUGGCGAGGCGGCGGCUACUACGUCGGCGAGUGGCAUGACGGCCACCAGGAAGGCCCCGGCACCCUCCUCACCAGGAACGGCUUCUUGUUCGAGGGAACCUGGAAGGGGAAUGAGCUCAACGGCAAGGGCACCAAAUCCUGGCUGGAGAACGGCAAGCGGGAAGUGUACACCGGCGACUUCCAGCAGACGAAGGCUCACGGGUUCGGCCGCCGCGAGUACGGGAAUGGAGCCACGUACGUGGGCAGCUACGAAAAGGAUCGCCGCGUGGGCCGGGGCGUCUUCACGUGGCCCUGCGGCCACCAAUUUGCCGGCGAGUGGAAGGUGGGGCGGAGGAACGGGCGCCUCAUCUGCCCGGAUGGCCGGGAGUUCGAGCAGGUCUGGAUGGAGGAAAAGAUGCAAGUGGACGCCCUGCACGCCCCCAACGAGACGGAGGUCACGGCGCCAGAGCUCAAGAUCGGCGACGGACUCAAGUGGCUGCACAAGUAG